AUGACCACUGAGUCUGAAAUUCAACCCACUGCAGGUAUCUCUCUCAUUGACAUUAUGCCCCAGCAGGCUCCCCGUCACGUCGUUCAAUCUGAUGCGUCUGAAUCGGACUUCGACGAUUUGGACUCUCCAUCUCUUACAGCGGGGAUCUCAUCAACUGCUAGUCAUCAGUCAUCUGAAACAGUCUCCAACAGCCGCAGGCAACAGUCGCAUGGGGACAUUGAGAUCGUUCGGUGCUUGCAGUUGGAAAACCAGGCACUCAAGAACGAUAACUGUACUCUGGGCGAGAAGAACAAGACUUUGUCAUCUAAUCAACGCCAGCAUUCAAGCACUCAAGUCCCAGAUGAGCUGAAAGUUUUCGAUGUCGAGCUCUUGACCUUUUCCCGCAAGUACGGAAUUGUUGCGGAGAUGUUCCCACCUGAGCAUUGUAUCCUCAAACUCCCUGUGCUGAACCCUCCACCUGCAAUCAUAUCCGGGAGUCGCUAUGCCAGCAAAAGUGCUGAAGAGCUCGGUCUCGUGACUGAGCUAUACUCACUUCUUCCAGACCAUCUCCAUCAGUUUGUACCGACUUCGCAUUUUCAAUCGUUGCUAGAACAACAACUUCAAGGCGGUCGCUUGAGCGAAAUCGGCAAUCUUGAUCUGUCGUACUUCAACAUUGGUUUUACAAAUUGGGACACAAUCCCUGAAAUCCAGAAGAUGCUCGGUACUGGUCCAGGUAAUUGUUCACCAUUGUCGAAGUUCCCACCCAUCCUUUUUACGAGGCAGGAAAGGGACCCUACGAUGUCCACGGUUUUUGGAAAUUGGGAGCCACUCUCAAAGGCAAUCAGGAUUGUAAUGUUUGGGAAAAAUUCACUAGAUAUUGCUGGAUGGCCUUGUGCCAAGUGCAAUGCUCGAAAAUGGGGCAUCACCUCAUGCACCCCUAGUCUUCUUGCCUGGGGUUGGGUCGCAUUAAUCUUCAUUCUGUCCCCCAACACUUCGUUCACCAAAGACGGAGUUGGUGCGAAGUCUCGUCUACUGUAUGCGGCAAUGUUUGCAGCCUACAAACAAUUGUGGGUGACGCUUUGGGAAGAGCCAUGCAUUCUGUCGAUCCACCAACAAAUCGAUCGCCAUGUCUGGCAGUCAACAUCAUCUUCCAAUAUCGCGACUUCAGAUGCUGAAGGCAAGGAUUUGACAUCCAAUCUAAUGUGCUUGGCCCUUGCCAAUGCAGGGCGCAAAGAUCGAGAAUCAGACUCUCCGACUACUGAUGGUCACCGUGUCUCUCCAGUUCCCCCCAGUUCACCAACACUCGCUCUGGCUGCACCACCUGCCUUUCCCCUCACUGCACUAGCACCAGCCAUCACCCCUGCUGUCGAGACUACUGCCACUGUAACCCCUCCUGCUCCAGUUGCGCUUGCGGCUGAUGAAACCCCUCCAGUUCCUGAUGUACCUGACAGUGUGGAAAUGCUGCCACCAGCAGCUUCAUCCUCCAGUCGACAGGGCUGUGGAAGGGGAAAGAGGGGUGGGCUAGCGGCUAUAUCAUUGUCAGCAGAGCAGCGAGAAACACAGACUUGGAGAAGGAACUAG